AUGCUAUUGCAUCUACUAUUACUAUCUACAUCUACUUUCGCCCAAUUCGCCCCAAUCUCCCUGCAAAAAGUCGACCCGCAGAUCAGCACCGCCAGCGAUGGCUCGAUCCGUAGCAUCUUCCCAUUCCCUCAUCGCCACAGCCGGGUGCUACAGUACCGGAAGAAGGCCGUGGACCGAGGCCCGCUAAUUAGCGCCCAGGAGGACGGGGUUACGGUGGAAAAGGAGGCAAUGUUCCAGGCCACACCCGCCCCGUAUCUGGGCACAAACCCGCGGGCGGCCGAGGGCGAUUUUUUGAUCCCGCAGGUGGCGGCGAGGAGUGGCCAAGCGGAAUCGCUCGACGUGGAGGGCAGUGGAAGCGGGGAGGAACCGACGGCUACGCAACGCUACGAAAUUACGACCGAGAUUCCGAAGAUUCUGGACACGCUCUCGCAGGACGACGUCCCGAUUCCGGCGAAUUUCACGCACGUGGAAGCCGGGAUUCCGUUGGCUGGGGACGAAGAGCCGAUUGUCGACCGUCUAACCCCUACCGUAAUCCACGAGGUCCUCCACGCCCCCAAUCGGCACCCGGUGCUCAAGGUGAACGGACAGCAGCUCGUGCUCCCCAGGAUGGGCAGCAAUACCGCCAAAAAACAGCCCAAGGAGCCUGUUUUGGACCAUUCUGGAAGCGAAAUCCUCCACGCUGACCUCCACGUGCCAACAAACGCAACCCUGGACCAGAUCCACGCCAAAAUCCUGCAACUGAACGCCGAACUGCUCGAGCUGCAUCGAUUGGCCUCAGACGGGGAGGGAGGGGGCGGGGCUACCGUAGUCCGAGUGAAGAGAGCGGCAGGGAUUGGGCCGACGAUUGGGGGAGGAGGGGCUGCACUCAGUCGAGGGCCCAAUGGACAAGUCACCGCUUUUGUGCCGCUGCCGAACGGCGACGUGCAGAAGUUCUACCUGAACCCGGCGCAGUACCAAACCGGUGGCGGCUAUCAACUGGGCGGCCAAGGAGGAGGAGGGGGCGGUUAUGGAUAUGGCGGAUCAAUCGGGGGAGCCGGAGGAGGGCAACCAACCGGCGCCUCAAACAUCCCCCCGCCAAUCCUUGAGAUCAAAGUCCCGCCCCCGCCAAAAGUCGACAUCCCCGGCUGCUAUGUUAACGGGAAAGGCUUCGUCUGUUGCAACAAGCAUCUGGAGACUGUCAUCGAUAAUACCAUGGAGGCGAUCCACCAGAAGCAACUGGAGCAAGAGGCCAAGACCGGGCAGCCGGCAUGCAAUUUGCAGGCCUCCGCUAAUCUCUUGCAGAAAGCGGCGGAGGGCGUGUUCGGCGUGUCGUUCGAGUCGCUACUGGCGCCGACAGAUUUCGCCUCAAGGACACGGUUUAUGGACGAUCUGAUGUGCAAGACGGAGCAGAACGGAAAGUACGUCAUCAUGUACGCGACCCCGGUACCGUACCCUGUCACGAGGAGACGA